AUGGAUCAACUCGCUCGACUAAAAGAUACUGUCCUAGAUUACUUUUCCCCUAAACGCCGCCGAACAAUCGGACCAGUACCAGGUACCCCUAGCAGUCAAGAUGUACAUAUCUUUGUUCGACCGUUUUCGGACCCGCAGAUUAUAAAAAGCCGCGAUGCUCUGGGAAGCAACGAAAGAACUUGGUCGCCAUCAGAGAAACACCCGCGUAAGAGGCGAAGAGACGAAAGCGAGAUCGUUUUUCGACGGGAGCGCGAGACCAUUGAACCAGACGAUUCGAUAUCCCAAGUUGUCACUUCUUUCGAACAAGAGACCAUUCUCCUUACACACGGAAAACGGAGUAUGGGUGCUUUAGCCCUUAACGGAGUCGAAGAGAAUGUCGAAGCUGGUUCAGAAGAUAGCAGAGAUACGGAACACAGUGACAGCAUGGAGCUCGAAUCUAAUAGCCUUUCCGAAGAAGAUGUAGAUCCAGAAUAUGAGGUUUUUGUUGAUCGAAACGCCGUGACUUCUGCUUCGGGCCGGUACAAGAGAGAAUCUCUGGGUGAAGAAGUAGAGGAAUCGGAGCAAUUGAUGGAUAGUGUUGAGGACGAUGACGAGAGCAGCUCGGGCGUGGUAGCAGCAUAUAACCCAUCAUCUGAGGAAGAUGAGAGUGAAGACGAUCCAGAGUUGGUGGCCGAAGCGAAGGCCCAGGAGCUUCUCACCCGCCAAACUUUACUUGCCCGUAGGCAGGACGCAAUCUCAAGAUUCAAGGUAGAAGGCGGCUGGCAUCCAGACGCAAUGAAUGUAUUUGAAAGACUCGAAAUGCGCAGCUAUGAAGCUAUUUUUCCUUGGAGCUGGAAGAUGGACUUUCCUACCCUUCCAGACCUGCUCUUCUCUACAGAAGGAAACACCUUCAUAACAAACAACGAAAAGAAUGCCGCUAGUGGUGCUAAGGCGCUACAACCGUUGUUGAGUCUCAGUCUUACCGUACAUGAAAAGAUUGAAGCCAAUGUACCGGAAGACAGGAUUAAUAUGUUUAUUGCACGAGAAAUCAAGCACUACGUAACAUGGUCAGAACGGGACGGGGGGUUCUUUGGUAAACGCUUCAUCCCAGCUCUUUACGUCCACAGAGCCAAAGCAAUUGAUAAGUUCGACUUUAUCAGCAAAGUUGCCAGCGAACAGAUGAUGUUGUUGGCUCAGAGGCAUCGCGAGGCGCUAGGCAUAUUUGAGGACGCAAACGGCAAUGUACACAUCGACCCCAAUGGGAGAGCGCCACCUCUGAUUUACGGGAUUAUCAUUGCUCAGGAAAAGGUCUUUUUCAUGACCCAUGACUCGGCAGAUCCGAGAGCUACAGUAAAGCUUCUUCAUCACUUCGACCUUAGCGACAAAGACGAAGGGGUCUGGAAUGGUAUCGCCAUCGCCCUGCUUGUUGUCGCAGCGCGGCAAUACAAUAUGGCUAUCAAGGACGAAUUGGAGACCGAUGAUGACCCAUUGACUGACGUUGAUGCGUAA